UGGGCGCUCCGCCUCCGUCACAAGCUCGCUUGAGUUGGCACUGGGGUUUGUGGAACCGAGACUGAUGUUCAAACUGGUGGAUAUGGGUGGGGAAUAAGAUAACAGUAACAAUUGCACGACUGUGGAAUAAUAACGUUGCGCGAGGUAGGAUGCUUUAGUUUGCGUCCGUGCUGUUUAAAGAAAGGUCAUGCCGAUUGGAACUUUUGUAACGGUUAGUCUUUGUCUAACACACACACACACACAUUGGUGCACACGCUGCAUUUAGUUUCUCGUCUGUGUGCACUGUCUGUACUGUAUUUAUGGCUUGGAAAGAGGAAGCAAAGCCGCUUCCCUGCCAAAUUUGGUAACUAGACAGCAGACCUGCCAGUUGCAGUUAUUUUGGAAAGGAGCGCAGGCAGAGCGGUCUGGUGGUGUUGAUGCGCCGCGGGGGGGAGGAUUAUAUCGUCUACUUGGUGGAAAGUGAGCGGUUAAAAUGUUGAUUUUCUGCAAAUUAUGGCAAAUGGAACAGGCACAAUUAUGCUGAAAUGUGUGGUUGUCGGGGACGGCGCUGUGGGCAAAACUUGCCUGUUAAUGAGCUAUGCCAACGACGCCUUUCCCGAGGAGUACGUACCCACCGUGUUCGAUCAUUAUGCAGUCAGUGUCACAGUUGGAGGAAAGCAGUAUCUUUUGGGACUUUAUGACACAGCGGGACAGGAGGACUAUGACCGCCUGAGGCCUCUCUCCUACCCCAUGACGGAUGUGUUCCUCAUCUGCUUCUCGGUGGUGAACCCGGCCUCGUUCCAGAACGUUCGGGAGGAGUGGGUGCCAGAGCUGAAGGAGUACGCACCCAACGUCCCCUUCCUCUUGAUUGGAACUCAGAUUGACCUCUGUGAUGAUCCCAAAACAAUAGCAAAACUGAACGAUAUGAAAGAGAAGCCCAUAGGUAUGGAGCAAGGGCAGAAACUGGCCAAGGAGGUUGGAGCCUGCUGCUACGUGGAGUGCUCAGCUUUAACACAGAAAGGCCUGAAGGCUGUGUUCGACGAAGCCAUCAUCGCUAUCCUGACCCCAAAGAAAAACGCUCUGAAAAAGAGACUGGGCUCCACAUGCAUAAACUGCUGCUUGAUUACGUGAGGACUGAAAAGAAAGACACAGGAGGGCAUGAGGAGACUGGAUUUGCCAAACAGGGUCUUUGUGGAAGGUCUCCUGUAGUAUCAGUGAACGGUGCUGCAGCAAUACCAGAGCAGCUUUAUAUGAGAAUCUGCACAAACAUCAUUAAAGCAGGAAUCCAUCACAGCGCAGCACGCUACAUUCAUGCAUACAAAGACGUUUAUUUCCUUUACAAGUACACCACAGGCGCGGUUUUUUUUUAUUCCAGUAAAGCAGACACAAGCACAUUAUAUAGGCAAGCCAUCAGCCUUGAAACAGACUCCAUUGACCGGUAGGGACUUGUUUUCAAUAUAAAUAAUAAAUCAGCUUUAUUGUCUGCAAGACUGCUACAAAUGUGCUUGGUCCACUGCUGCUACAGUGGAGAGGAUGGACUGACGAACAUGAUCACCCUGCUUCACACUCUUGAAAUUGGACAGCAACGUGGCCCAGGCUGCAUGUAUCGGGACCCCCAGCAUCUCUGAUCAGCCGCCACCUUGCCUUGUUUACUUGCUUUUGUACGUCAGCUGCUUCCUGUGCCAAUGUAUCCAAAUCGGUGCGAUGAAGAGUCCGGCCACAAAGCCAAGAGUUGCUCCGAGCGUACAAGAAAUAGGCCAGACCUGUGUGAAUAGAAGAAUAGACAGAUACAUACAGAGAUCCUGUGAGAUGAGCACAACUCUUAAUUUUAGCCUUUAACAAGAUCUCUUUUCUAUUUUAACCCGCUGUUGCUUUUUUCCUUGAGUAAUUUUUGAUGCUGCCGUGUAACAACUUAAUGACACUUUGAAUGACUUACGAAUCAACCUGUGAUUUUCUACAGCUCUAUGAAGCAGUUUCUUCUCCCCCUCCCAUUUAGAGGCCUGAAAAAGCCACUUGAACACGAAGAGACUGUAUUGCAGCAGGUUCUAAGGGAGGGAGGGGAGGACGGGCUAAAAUGCUAUCUGCCUUCUGAAUAAAAUGCAACCUGCUUAUAAAAUGACGAUACACAGAGUAACCAUGGCAACACUAAUUGCUGUCUAGUUUUUGUUUUUUGAUGCACAUUUAAUGCAAUGAAGUCUUUUGGAGUGGUGACACGAUUUCAGCUGCACAGAUAAAUGACCUGACCUUUUGUCUUUUUUUCCUAGGAAGCGUACAAUUCCUAAUAAAAGCCCUAUGCCAUUUUA